AUGCAGUCAUCGCUGCUGUUACGAGUCGGUCUCCUGGCACUGGUAGCUGUGCAGGCCACAAAUGGCUGGAAUCCGCGAUACGUGCAAAAUCUAUUGACCCCCUUUUCUCGCAUGGGUAUAUUCCAGGAAAUCGUGUGGUUUGUCAGCCAAAAGGAGAGCGUGGAUGAGCUUGAUCAGUUCGUUCGGCUUAUGGGUGAGGCAUUCGCAGGAUCCGCUACACAGACGGUGGUGAACAACGACACGGAGAUGCGAAUGAAUCGCUCACCCGCAAAGAGGAACCACAUCAGCUUUGUGUUCACCACGGGCGUGGAUGAUCCCAUAAUGGAGGUGUUCAGAAAGGUUCUGCUGGGUCGCCACUUCUACUUUGCGCUGAUUAUGCCGCUGCAGAAGGUGGACAUGAAGGAUAUGAAGCCGGUCCACGAUCUCCUGCGCUUUGCCUACGACGAGCAGUUCUUCAAUUCGAUGGUCUACUUCGAGACCGAGGAUGGCUUCAAUCAGCUCUUUGGCGUUUCGAAGUUUCCCUCCAUGAAGUUUUCCAAUCGCACGGAUUUCAUGAGAUACUUUGCCCUCGCCUCAAAGCAGGUUUUGAGCGCCCGCUCGGAUGUGGAGGGCUUUUGUUUCGCAACUCCUUUGCGGCAGGAUCUGCCGCAUUUGUUCGAGUCCCGAGGACACUACGAGGGCAGCACAUAUCGGAUAAUAGACACCUUUGUCCAUUUUAUCAACGGCAGCUUAAGGGAGCUGCGGCAGCCACCCGAUGCCCUCGGUGGACUGGUGAUCAACAUGAAGCAGGCCCUGCAGCUGGUCCGGGAUCGUCAGGUGGAGUUUUGCGCCCAUGCCUAUGCACUGUUCAGGGCGGAUGAUCAGCUGGAGAAGACCUAUCCCAUGCUGGUGGUGCAGUGGUGCCUCAUGGUGCCGCUCUACAACAGUGUCUCCACAUACCUAUACCCCCUGCAGCCCUUCGAUUGGACGGUUUGGUUCUUUGUCCUAGGAUCAUUCUUUGCCUUGACCUGCCUUGAGCUGCUGUGGCUCAAGAUGUUUGGCCCCACCAUGCCGGGUAUACAUGCAGCAGUGUUGAGCUCCUUCUGCUACAUUUUUAAUGUACCCACGGAAGGACAGUUGCAGCGACCCUCCCUGCUGCGCUUCCUGCUGCUCUUCACGGUCUUCUUCCAUGGAUUCUUCCUUUCCGCUAAUUACACAUCCACUCUGGGCAGCAUUCUCACCGUGAACUUAUUCCACGCUCAGAUCAACAACAUGGACGACAUUGUGCGAGCCCAGCUGCCAGUCAUGAUCAUUGACUACGAGAUGGAGUUCCUGCUGGAGAUUAACCAGGAGCUGCCCGAGGAGUUCCACAAGCUGCUACGGCCAGUGGACUCUGGCAUCUUUGUGCAGCAUCAGACACGCUUCAACAGCUCCUUUGCCUACUUCAUCACAGAGGAUAACUGGCAGUUCCUCGACGAACAGCAGAAGCACCUGAAGCAGCGCCGCUUCAAGCUGAGCAACAUCUGCUUUGGCUCCUACCACCUGGCCUUUCCCCUCCAAAUGGACUCGUCUCUCUGGCGCGACAUAGAAUACUUCACCUUCCGCAUCCACUCCUCGGGUCUGCUCAACUUCUAUGCUCGCAGCAGCUUUCAGGCUGCUCUGCACGCCGGACUCGUCGAGCGCAUCCCGGACAAUCAGGAGUACACGGCAGCAGGAAUGCAGCAUUUGGCCAUUGCCUUUAUCUACCUUCUGGUGAUGAGCGCCAUAGCUGCAGUUGUCUUCACCAUGGAACUGCUUAAUUGUUUAGUAGUAUGA